AUGUUGGGCAGCACCUGGACGCUGAAGACCGUCGCUGCUGCCUCACAGCGUGCGUUCUCGGCCAAAGCGGGCGUCGGUGGUAUCGCUGGUCCAAAGAUCACAGGUGUACUGCGCUUCUACAAUGACGUGGGUGUCAAAGACGUGGAGGAGUCGGUGGAUGAGACCGGCGGAGAGCCGCGUAAGCUCUACGCUGUGACACUGGAUGGCAAGACGGUGAAGACACCGCGUCAGCAACCCGUGCGGCUUCCUACACGCGCUAUGGCUUACGCGGUAGCUCACGAAUGGGAUGCACAAAGUCAUGACAUCCGCCCGGCUACUAUGCCCAUCAUGACGCUCGCGUCCACGGCGUUGGAUCUAGUGUUCACGUCCAGCAGUCAGGAGACCAUCGACGAAAUGAUGCACUAUUUGCAUACGGACACGGUGUGCUACCAGGUGACAGCCGACCAGCAGGAGAAGCUCGUGGCGCUGCAGCAGAAGAAGUGGAAACCCAUCCGCAAAUGGUUCAGCGAUUUGUUCAAGGGCGAAGUGGACGUGAGCCACGGCAGCAUUGACCCACUUGCGCACGACCAGCAGCUUGUGGCUAAUGUGCGCGCUCAUCUGGAAAAGCUGAAUGACUUUGAGCUGACGGCCAUGCGAACGUUGACGAAGGAGUGCAAGGUUCGAUUUGGUCUCUGUGGCGCGCUAUGUAUCUAUUGUUACUAA